AUGAAGGGCAAUUUCACGCAUCACGAGCGGCCGGAGAUGUAUCUCUUCGAGUCUCUGGCUCUGUGCCAGAGGACUUCUGAGAAGCAGAGUGCCUCGGCCCUCGACCUUGACCACAAGGUCAAGCAGGAGACGCACAAGAUCAUUUAUAAUGUUCUUCGGUGCCCGGUUGAAAUGCGCGAGAUCUUGGCCCAGGUCUACGGUGAGUACCGUCAUUACAAUGCAGCGCUGACUCUGGAAAACUUGGCGGGCGACUUUUAUGUGCCGGGCACAAACCUCGGGAGAGGCCAGGGUGGCAGGUGGCCCGAAAUCAUGGAAGUCACGGAUGCCUGCACCAUAGCAUGGCUGGAACGUGUGGUUAGUCUUCAUCGGAGCAAGGCCCCGCCGGGGUCUUCCGUGAAGAGCCAGAAAAAUGCGCAAAUGAGCAACGAUAUGCUCCGAGAGAUGAUGGAGAUGACCUGCGUGAUGCAGUGGAUCUCACCCAGCUUGAAGAAGAUGCUUGGAGCCGGACCAGGCUUUGAGAAGAUUAUGGAAGCUUGGAAGAUGGGGACCCUCGACUGCAUGAAGUUUGUACUUUGCAGAUGCGCCUGA